AUGGUAACCAAGAAACGAUGUUACACAGUGAUAAUUUUGGUGUGGUUAUUGUCAUUAUGUCUUCCUUUCUCGAAGUUGUCGGUGACAAACGCGGGAGACAUUAAAUAGAGCAAUAUUUUGGUUUUCUUUAACAUUUAUAACAUUUGUUUUUCCGUUAGUGAUAGUUUCAUUAUCAUACAUCUGUAUUUUAAAAGCAGCAAAAGAACAAUUUAAAAGAAUAUGUGGAGAUGAAAGUUCUCGAAAUUACAACGAAAAUAUCAAAGUUCGUACUUUACAAAAUUUCAAAGCUAUCAAAACAGUCGGUUUUGUUUUGGGUGCUUGCAUCAUCACAUGGAUGCCAAGUUUAGUUCUCAUGGUAUUUGAUAUUUAUUAUGUCAUAGAAAAUAGCAGGGAGAAAAUGCGUUCAUUGUUGUUGGUUGUAUGGCCUUGGGUUGAUGCAGUUGCAUUUGCUUCAUCAGCAAUUAAUCCAUUAAUUUAUUACUUUCGAAAUCAAGACUUUCGCCAAGCCUUUCGCCGUACCUUUCGUUGGUUGCCCUGUGGAUUCACGGAGUAA